AUGGAGGAGGAGAAGAAGCCUUUCAAACCCCGAGGGGCCUGGCCCUCCGCCGUGGCUCCAGGCUCCCCCCCCUCCCCGCCCCGGCUCCCCCGCUCCCCGCCGGUCUGUGGCCCACAGGGGCCGCCCAAGCCCUCGGAGCGCCGGAGCAGCAGCGCGGGCAGGGCCAGCCUGCGCAGCGGCGACAUCCGCAACCUGUGGAGCACCGCCACGCUGCUGCAGCCGCAGGGGAACGUGUCGCUGGCCGAGAUCUGCGAGAACUUCGACGACGAGGGCCGCGACGUGGGCAGGAUCCGCCGGCAGAAGAGCCAGACCUUCUCCAUGAAGGAGAAGCUCACCUUCACGCCCCAGGAGCUGGAGGAGCAGGCCUUGCUGGACCUGGAGCUGCGGGGCAGCAGCUCCAUCCAGGGCCUCCUGGAGAAGGGGGCCGAGGACAUCAACCCCGAGGCCGAAAAGUGUUCUUCAGAGUCAUUAAUCAAUCUCUCGAAGCACAUACCCCAUCGAGCCUACUGGACAGAACAGCAGAACAGGCUGCCACUGCCGCUGAUGGAACUCAUGGAGAACGAAGCUCUGGAAAUCCUCACCAAAGCCCUCAAGAGCUACCGGUCCCAGAUCGGCAAGAACCACUUUCUGACGAAGGAGCUGCAGCGGUACAUCGAGGGGCUCAAGAAGCGCCAGAGCAAGAGACUGCAGUGCCCGUCCUAGCAAGCCUCGGGCUGGAGCUCGAGGAGCCGCCCGGCCCCAGCCCGCGCGCCCCGUGCCCACCCCAAGCCCAGCCCCAUCCGCGUGGACCCUGAGCCCUAGAG